AUGGCAGUACUCCAGGACCAUAAUGACUGGAAUGCAUCUAGAUCAGAUUUAUUCUUGAUUGGAAGCCUGACGUUGUUAUCAUUGAUGGCGGCUUUUGAUGCUACAAUUCUGAUCCCAACGCUACCAACACUAGCCCAAAACCUCAACGGAACCGCCACCGAUGCAUUCUGGGCAGGAACUUCAUUUCUCCUGGCAAAUGCCGUCUGCCAACCCGUCGUCGCAGCCAUCUCCGAGAUCUUCGGACGUCGGGACCUACUCAUUGUAAUGAUCUUGGUAUUCUCCAUCGGAACAGCAAUAGCAUGCUCUGCGUACGCUUUCCCACAGCUUCUCGCCGGCCGCUCCGUGCAGGGUAUCGGCGCAGGAGGUAUUUUCUCCAUGGUGCUGGCCAUCUUCACGGAUAUUGUUCCUCUGCGUUUGCGGCCGCGGUAUUGGGCUGCGAUACAAGUCGCCUGGGCUAUUGGGACGGUCACGGGGCCGGUUAUUGGGGGUGCAUGUGCGCAUCCUAAGACAUGGCGGUGGAUCUUUUAUAUCAAUUUUCCCAUUUGUGCUGUUUCUUUGGUGGCUGUUCCGUUUUUGUAUCGACCUGAAGUGUCUUCUGGAACGACGACGAAAGGUUCGUUUUUGUCAAAAUGGCGUCGGCUCGAUUUUGUCGGUUGUGGGUUGUUCCUGGGAAGCACGACCAGUUUCUUGAUUGGGGUUACUUGGGGAGGUGUCCAGUAUGACUGGGAUUCGGCCCAAGUGCUUGUUCCUAUCUUCUUAGGGUUGGCGGGUUUUGUCUUGACAAUUUUAUGGGAGAGGUGGGGGACCGAGAACCCUUUUCUGCGAAUUUGGAUCUUUGAGGAUUUUCGAACGACAGCAGCGUACCUCUGUGGGAUGCUUCAAGGGUUGAUUCUCUUCGCCGAAGCCUACUACGUCGCAAUCUACCUCGAAGGCGUCAAACUCUUCGACCCCCUAAAAACAGGCCUAAGCGGCCUCCCAAUGACAGCCGGAAUGCUCCCAAUCUCCGUCAUUGCCGGAGUCCUCAUGACCCACACAGGCAGAUACCGCUGGUGUCUCUGGAUCGGCUGGCCGCUGACAACGCUUGCCUCCGGACUCCUCAUUCUCCUCGAAUCAGAUACGAAGACCGCUGUCUGGGUAAUUCUGUUGAUUAUUGCGGGUAUAGGGCAUGGCUUUCUUUUGGGGCCGGGGCUGUUUGCUGCGCAGGCUACUUGUAGUCAGGAUGAUGUUGCUGUUGCGACGUCGGUGUAUAGCUUUUUGCGCAGUUUCGGUAUGUGUCUUGGUGUUGCUACGGGGGGUACGAUGUUUCAAAAUGUGUUGAAGGAUCGGUUGGCGAAUGAUGGGCUUCCUGGGUGGAUUGCGACGGAUGCGACAGCGUAUGCGCAGAAAUUGAGGGAUAUGCAGGAUACCGGGCAGAAGCCGGUUAUGAGACAGACGAUUCAAGAUGAUUUUGCGCUGGGGUUUCAAGCUGUUAUGGCUUUGUUGACGGGGAUUGGGGGGUUGGGGUUUGCUUUGAGUCUUUUUGUUAAGAAAAAGGUAAUGAACUGA